AAAGGGGAUAUAAUUAUAUAAUCGAGAGGAUACAAAGAGAGAGAAGAGGGAGGGGGGUAAAGAGAUAUUCGAUAGGAAACAAUCUUUCGUGACAUCUCGUGUUCCUAUCCCCCGGAAGGAUCGUCGUAUUUUUGCCUGGCCGAGCGUAAUGUUGCGAAACAACAGCAAAGAGGUCCGACCCCUGCCGCCUGCGGCGGGCGAGGGCUGAUAUCAAGCUGACCAUCGACGAUCUUUCUGGUGGAGAAGGCACCAGCGACUUCGCAGAAGAGAGCGAGCGGGCUGUUCGGGUACGGCUAUUCUAUCCUCGUCCGAUCUUCGACGGCCUUGCGGCUGCGUAAGACGUUAACCCGGCGUUUAGCGGUAUCAGCGACGACGCGAACGUGCGGUCUUUCGCAACGGCGGUUCUCCUCUCGGUGUGUACAGCCAGUAAAUACUUAAUCUGAAACGCGAAGUGACCCCCGGUGACCUCGAUAUACGAGAUACCAAACGCUCGGACGCUUUCUGCGAUGCGCAAUACCGUGCGUCUGUGAACCGCUCGUGGACCAUUCCGGUUAGCAUGGAAACAGCCAAGAUGUACAUCAGCGAGCCGCAGAACGGCCACACGGCCACCAAGUACGCGUCGACCAACUCCAUCCCGGCGACGAUGCUGGAGCAGGAGUCGUCGCUGGCGAGGAUCUUCGGUAUCGGGAGGCAGCGCGAGAACGCGGCGAUCCUGCGCGACAACAAGACCCGCCGGCACAGCGUUCUGGAGGAUCUCAAGGCCCGGCGGGACAGCCUCUUCCAGAGGGCCCGUAGGGCCAGCGUGUUCGAGGAGAAGGAGAACACCGCCAAGGACAGUACCAAGGACAACGCGAAGAACGACAUUAAGGACGACAAUGCGAGGGAGAAACCGAAGGACAAGAGGAGGAGCAGCGAGAGCAACGGGGGGGGCGGUAGGAGGGGCUCGGUGUUCUACGUGUCCGAGGACCUGCUGGAGGAGAAUCAGGAGGUGCUCGAGAACGAGGACCGUGACCGCGUGACCCAGGAGGCAAAGAAGGGACGCCGAAAGUCCUGGCAUCCGCUCGUUAAACCGCCCAAGCUAGAUCGCAAGAGGCGGAAGGGCGUGUCCGGCGUCCCCUCGCAGACCGGCAGUACGGAAGGGCUCUUCUCGCAGAGCUACCCGCGACAGAAGAGGCCGUCCUGGUGGAACAUUUUCGUCCCGGACUCGGUCACCAGGUCCAGGCGAAUGUCCCAGGAUGUCAUGUCCUCGAAAUCAACGGAGAACCUCUCAACGUCUUACUUCAGGAGCAAGAGCCGUAGCGUGGAUCAUGGAUUUACGGCGCCCUUCGAUUUGGAUGCUCUACGAAAUAAGGUCGAAGGACGUUUCGAAUCUGUGGAUAAGCUCUCGAGAGGUGAGUCCCCACGUUAUUACAUUAUUAAUUGAUUGAAGCGGUUGAUU